CUCAUACCCAAACUAGACCUCAAACAAAUCAAAAAUGAAGUCAGAAGAAGAUUCGGCCAGCACCAGUGCUGAAGAUAUUACCCAAGAUAAAGUGAAAGAGAACAGCAAUAAGAAGAAAUAUAUUCUAACCAAGCAGUCUUUAGUAUCCAACGUCCUUCCUUAUUUCGGCAAAAUGCAGGAAUGUGACAUUUUCAUGAAGAAUUUUUCAACAGAAACUCGGUGCCUCUGGAACAAAAACUUAAAGUUGUGGAUUAAACAUCUCGAAGACAAUCUGGAAGAGCUCAAGGUUAGUCAUGAAAAUAUAGAUUUUUGGACUAAAAAUCCUCCUAUUCACAACUGAAGGCUGUAUUUCAAUGAUUAUCAUAUUUACACGAAGAAGUGGACUGCUAAGAUUAUCAAGUUUGUGAAAAAAGUUCCUUGCAUGAGCCAGAUCAAGCGGAUUAAGAUUGAAAGAAGCGGUCGCUGACAGUUUGAGAAUCGAGAGGGGCCAGCUAUAGAAAAGAUUUUUAACAAUUUAGAUCAGAUAUCUAAAGUGUUAGGUCAUGAGCCUUCACGAAGAUCAGAUCCUUCAGAACCUCCAAAGAAGCAUAGCGUCUAUUUCAGUGAUAUAAUCAGCGCUAAGAAGUACUAUGGGAUUAUAAAUUUCAAGCUAAUGAUCUUUCCUAAGGUAAUUCAAGAAUCGAAGAUACUCUGCGUCGAUUCAUGAUAUAUCCUUGAUAAUCAUUGAAUUUACGUUUGAAAGAUUGAUGAAGAAGACUUUCCAUUCAUUUGACACCUCAAAUUUGGAGAUCCAAGAAUUCCAAUUUUUGAAAAUGUAAAGAAAAUAAAACUUUGUAAGGAUGGAUACAAAAAGUCAAUAUCCAGGAUAAAAAUAAACAAGAUUAUCAGGAAAUAUUAUCCAAAUUUGAAGAAAGUUAAACUUGAUGGUGAUUUUGAAAUAAUGUGGAAAAGCUCACCAAAACUUUGAGAUAUUAUUAAAUCAACAAAUAUCAAGAUUGUGGGAAGACAGAGAAAACUUAAAUGAAAAACUCCUAUAUUACUUAAAGCCGAAAAUGCAAUAGUAGCAAAAAAUUUGUGAAAAAAUGAUGGAAAAGUUUAUUACCGUUGGUACAGAUGAAAUAUUGAAGUGAUUGCAACAGAUUUUAUCAUCAGGGAUGAAAAUAUCUACAUUUUCAUGUUCUACAUAAUCUGCAUCAGCAAUUGCUCAAAAACAAAUCAGUCACCCUCCCACCUCGAAAACAUAAAAUACUUCCAAAAUACUGGAGAAAUCUCUCACCCAUUCAAAGCCUACGACUGGCUAAUCCUCUCCACUACUUCCUUAACUUCCGUUUCCCCCACCUACACCUCCUUCUCCGACUGUUCCAUCAAAUUCUUCCCAGACCCAUCCUCCCGGCUGACUCUCCUCCCCUCAAAUCUUUCCUUCUACGACUCCUUGCCUUCUUCAGUGCCCAUUCACAUAACCUGAUCUCCUGCUAACCCCGCCUUCUGCCUCUACACUCUCUUCUUCAAUGUUUACCGUCUUCUCGAUCAGCUUGCCCCUUCAGCCCACCGCUACUGCAUCGAUGUCAUUGAGUGACCGGGCCACCGGUCAUUUAAGGACGUAUUUACAGUGGAGGCAGUGCAGAAGUUCAAGGCAUUUAGAGUGGUGGUUUUAGUGAAGACGGGGCUGGAGGAAGGGGAAAUAGAGGAAAUGGUGCAGAAAGUUAACAGAUGGGUGCAGUUGAAGAAGUGAAGAGGGAUUGUAGUGAGAGGGAUAUGGGGAGAUAGGUAUGAAGAGGAGUGCCAGAUGCUGAGAUAUGGGGCAGAGAGGGGCCCAUGGCGAGGAUAUGCAAGUAAGUGAGUGGUAAUGAGAGAAAGAAGAGGAGCAAGAGUGAUAAGGGAGAUCGUGAGAAGGAUAAAGGUGCCAAUGGGAUGGAAGGUGGAAGUAGAGUAA